CUCUCGCCGAAUCACGAGCGACUGGGCGACGGCAGCGAGAAGAGGAGGAUAAAGACGGCUGCCGCGAAGGGACAAACUUUGUCAGUGGACGCGCUUUCGCCUUUCCUUGUUCCUUCUCAAAAUGGCUGCUGUGGGGUUUUGGGGUCGGAGCUACCUGAAGAGGGUCGUGGUCGCCGGAUGGGGGGCCAGGAGGUCUCUAGUGGGAGGCCCAGAGCAAGGAGAGCCACCCAGCCAAGACUCCAAGCUCAGGAAGACAGCCAAAAUCCCCAAGAUUUACACCAAAACGGGAGACAAAGGAUUUUCCAGCACAUUUACUGGAGAACGGAGGCCCAAAGAUGACCAGGUCUUCGACGCUUUGGGGACUCUGGAUGAACUCAGUUCGGCCGUAGGGUUGAGCGCAGAAUUUGGAUCAGAAGGGGGUCACUCCUUUGUGGAAGAACUCCACAAGGUCCAGCGCAUGCUUCAAGAUGCUGGUGCCAACGUUGCAACGCCUGUCUCUUCAGCUAGGGAGUCUCACUUGAAACGAACCUGGUUUGACGAGAAGCCGAUCCUGGAGCUGGAAUCCUGGAUUGACAAAUACACCGACCUCCUUCCACCGUUGCAAUCGUUCAUUUUGCCUUCCGGGGGCAAAACGAGCGCUGCGCUCCACCUCUCCAGGGCCGUCUGUCGCAGGGCUGAGCGGCGCGUUGUACCUUUGGUGAAAGCCGGGGAAGCAGAUGCCAACGUGGCCAAAUAUCUCAACAGGCUGAGCGACUUCCUGUUCGUUCUGGCCCGCUACGCUGCCCACCGUGAAGGAAAGAAAGAGCUGAUAUAUAUACGGACAGAACUGUAAAAUAUGAAUUUUGACGUGGAGGGGGUUUGGAAGAACCUAAAUCUAUGUUGCUAGCAAUACAUGCACCAGAAUUAAUUUGCACAGUAUUCAAAAUAUUGAAUAUAUAUUCAGUCUGGGGCAAAAUGAAUACUAACUCUGGAUAUGUUCUCUCUAGGCAUUUAUAGGUCCUCCAGCACAACUCUGGUCAACAUCCACCAAAGAUUUUGCUGGCGGACCUAGAGAGAACACUUCUUUAGGCAUUUCUAGGUCCUCCAGCACAACUCUAUGGUCAACGUCUACUGCAAACUUCAAGCCAUUUCUAGGUCCUCCAGCACAACUCUGUGGUCAAUGUUCACGAAAAGUUGCACUGGACGACCUAGAGAGAACACUUCUCUAGGCCUUUGUACGUUCUCCAGUGCAAUUCUAUGGUCCUCUGGCAGACGCUGACCAUAGAGUAGUGCUGGAGGUCUUAGAGAUUCCUAGAGAUGUGUUCUCUCAGAUAAAAAAAUAAGCAUUUUUUCCCACUUUCACGGGGGUCCUACAUAAUAAGACACUUAGGAGAUGGAACCAAAUCUAAACACAAAAUUCAUUUAAGUUUCAUAUGCAACCUAUGCAUAAUAUAGCCUGAAGGUAAUUUUAUACAGAAUAUUUUAAAUAGUUUUGUGUACAUUGAGCCAUCAGAAUGCAAAGGAGUCACUAUCUCUCAGCUACCCCUCUGGAUAAUGUUUGGAAUAUUUGGGAAUAAAUUGGAAUAAUUGCAUCUGCUUAAAAUGAGAUAUCUUGAAGAUGGGGCUCAAGUAGAAACACAGAAAUCAUGUUUAUGUUUCGUAUACAAUUUGUGCACAUAACUUGAAGGUAAAAUUUUUACACAAUAUUUUAAAUAAUUUUGUGCAAGUUGUCACUGUAUCUCAGUCACCCAUGUGGGCAAUUUUGCAUUUUGGAGUAUUUUGGAAUUCCAGAUAGAGACUCAACUUGCAUUUCAAAAGUCUUAAUAAAAUUAUUACUAUUAGUA